AUGGCGUCCACUCGCUUCCUCGCGCCGCUGUUGCUAUUGCUAGUGUCAGGAGCGGCGGCAGCACACGUCGAGACCAAGCUCUACGCCACCAGCCCACGCGCCAUGACCAUUUUGGGCCAAGACAUGCAGGAUUACACCGGAGAUCACUUUGUCUUCAACGGCGCCAUCCCCUGGUACCCCUACUCGGUGGACGUCGGCGUCGGCACGCCAGCGCAGACGCAGUCGAUGGCGCUCACGGUCCAGCACGGCGAGUCGUGGGUCCUCUGGAGCGAGCACUGCCUGCCGCGCGACGACAUCAACCCGAACCGCACGUCCUACUACCGCAACUGCAGCAGCGGCUCCUUUGACGACGUCAAGUCCUCGUCCUUUGCCUACAACGAGACCGGGAGGUACUACGGCUCCUUCGCCUCAGGCCGCGAGGCCGGCGUCGACGGCUUCGUGAUGCAGGACACGGUGCACAUCGGGGGCGCCGAGUGGAGCAACACCACCAUGGGCCUCGGCACGUGGGCGGAGCUGGACACGGGCUUCUUCGGGCUCGGCCGGCCCUGGCUGUACCCCAACGGCCAGAACGCCACAGGCUCCGGCCAGGCGACGAUGCUCGACCAGAUGGUGGCGCACCGCGUCAUCGACUCGCCGGCGUUCAGCAUCUACGCCGACAACCGGCUGCUGCUCAACUCGACGACCGGCGGCGGCGGGGAGGCCACGCGCCGGGAGAUCGGCAGCAUCCUCUUCGGCGCCGUCGACAGGAGCAAGUACGACGGCCCGCUGAAGCGCAUCCAGGCGUCGUACGGGCGCGACAAGGUCUCCGGCUCGAGCUGGGAGCGCGCGCCGGGCUAUUUCGCCAACGUGACGGGCUUCUGGACCAGGGACGCCGCCGGCAAGGACAGGCCCGUCGGCACGCGCGGGUCCCAGAUCUACGCCGCCGUCAACCCGACCUUCGCCAUCAGCAACCUGCCCAGCGACGUCGCGGCCGAGCUCUACCGGGCCGUGGGCAGCGUCGCGUACCUGGCCUACGUCAACCUCAAGGCCGUGCUCUGCGACCGGAUCCCCGACCUGCGGGGCAGCUUCGGCGUCGAGCUGGGCGGCGCGGGCGGGUACCGGCUCGAGGUGCCGCUGCGGGACCUCGUCGUGCCGCCCGAGGCCUUCCACAUGGUGCUCAAGGGCAGGUGGGACGGGAGCGAGGGAGAGAAGUACUGCCUGCUCGCCGUGCAGGAGGAGGCGCGCAGGAACCAGUACUACCGGUACGACUACCAGAACUCGGGGCCCGAGUGGGUCAUCGGCAGCAUGAUGCUGCGCGGCACGUACGCCGUGUUUGACAGCGAGAACAUGGAGGUCAGCCUGGCGCCUCUCAAGGCUGGGGGCGGUGGGAGAGCCGCGGAUAUUGUGGCCUUUGGCAGCGCCGGCGCGCACGCGCCGGACUCGGAGUUUGUGGGCUAUGAGGAGUGUUUUGUGAAGAGUUGUCAAAAGAAGGAGGACGAGGACGAGAAGAAUGGCGGGUUGCGCGUUGAUGUGCAGACGGGGCUCUUGGUUAGUUCGGCGUUGGCGGCGCUGGGCUUUAUCCUGGUUGGCUGA